ACACACGCACAGGAUAAGCGCCGUGCUCUUAGUCUGGCACUAGUGGUUCCUCGCGUCGCCAGUCAGCCAGUCUCUAUCGCGCGGGUUCGGAGAGAGGGCGAGGCGAGCAGCACUGGGCCAUCCCUCUUUUAAGCUUUGCCAGGCCUACAGUCACUGACCAUCACGAAGCUUUUUACCUCUUGUUGUCUCUGUUCUGUUACGUGACCCAUCUCUCUCUCUCUCUCUCUCUCUCUCUCUGUCUCUCUCUCUCUUUUCGUCUUUCUUUCCGUCUUUUUCUCUCUGUUUCUGUGUUUCAAUAGUUUUCUUGUUUUAUUUUCUUCUUGUUUUGUUGUUUAAGAUGGGGAUCCUGCACAUCCUGGUGGCGGGGCUGCUAGUGGCCGGUGCGGGGCAUAUCGUGUGGCGCACCAUGCAGGAGCCGCCACCGCCCUUCAUCGAUCCUAACCCUUGGUGGGGCCCUGGGGAACGCCAGAAAGAGGACACCACCGUCAGGCCAUUCAAGAUUGAUGUUUCUAAGGCUGACCUUGAUGACCUGAAGGCGCGUCUGGCCCUGCCCCUGCGACUCACCCCGGCACUGAAGGACGCAAACUUCACCUAUGGCUUCACGGACACCACACUGAACGCCGUGGUGAAGUACUGGCGCACUAAAUAUGACUGGAAGAAAAGGGAGGAGAGGCUCAAUUCUUACCCUCACUUCAAGACUCAGAUAGAAGGCCUGGACAUUCACUUCCUGAGGGCAGCGGCGAAGGCGGGCCCAGGGGUGACAGUGGUGCCCCUCCUGAUGGUGCACGGGUGGCCUGGCUCUGUGGUGGAGUUCUACAACAUCCUGCCGCUCCUGACGACGCCGCAGGAGGGCAGUGGUGUGGCCUUCGAAGUUAUCUGUCCGUCUAUUCCUGGCUAUGCUUUCUCGCAGGCGUCCGCUAAGCAAGGCUUGGGGGACCUCCAGACCGCGCAGAUCUUCCUGAAGCUGAUGAAGAGGCUAGGCUACGAGAAAUUCUUCGUGCAGGGAGGCGACUGGGGCUCUCUCAUCGUGACGGACAUGGCGACCCUCUAUCCUGAGAAUGUACUGGGCAUUCACAUCAACAUGGCUCUAAUCAGCACCACCGGGAGGAUGCUGAAGGCAAUCUUGGGCUCUGUGCUGCCGGCGGGGCUCGUGGUGGACGCAAAGGAUCAGCACAAGGUGUACCCGAUGUGGGAGAAAACGAGCAUGUUCUUAAGGGAGACUGGCUACCUCCACAUCCAAUCCACCAAGCCUGACACUAUAGGCGCUGCAGUAAACCAGCUCCCCGUUAGCCUAGCUGUGUACAUACUGGAGAAAUUCAGCACCUGGACCCACAAGGAGAACCCUCACUUACCCGAUGGUGGUCUGCUGCAGCCUGACUUCCCAAUCCCUCUUGAUCAAAUUCUCGACAACAUCUGCGUCUAUUGGUUCACGGGCUCCAUCACCUCCAGUAUGCGGUUCUACGCUGAAUAUUUCGGCAAAGUCCUGACGCGAACCAUUGACAACAUCCCUGUACGCGUGCCCACUGGUAUCGGCGCCUUCCCUCAAGAGCUGGGCGUCGAUCCAAAGAACUUUCUCGCUCACAAGUUUUACGACAUCGUGACCUACCGGGACCAUCCAGCUGGCGGUCACUUCGCGGCCAUGGAGCGCCCUCACCUGCUGGCCAGCGAUAUCCACACCUUCGUGAAGGCGGUGCGGCAACGGCAGAUCCACUAACCCAACGUAGCCCCCGUGGUCUCCCCAGCCUCUCUCUCGGGGCAAAGCUCAAGUCAACUGUGUCAGUAAUAGGAGUGCUAUUAGUGUGUUACGAAAAAAAACAAAAAACAACAACAAAAAAACAAUAAAAAAUAAAAAUUC